UCAGAGAGAGUGUAAAUCCUCUCAAGGAGGAGAAAGUUGGGGAAAUGUGAUGGUCUGGCUGGGGAUUGGAGAGCAGGCUGCAGAAGGGAGGAGCCAGGAGGCUGUCAGGAGACUUGCAGAGAUAAAAGGGAGGCAUAAAGCUUAAAGUGCCUGGAGAAACGGAGUGAAACUUUGGAUGCUGAGGAACGGAGUGAAACUUGGAUGCUGUUCAAAGUGCCUAGCACUUGCCUUGCAGAGUAAAGCUGAGACCAUCUUCCCCUCCACCCAAGCUCCCCUCCACCAUGGCCUCGGGGAACAGUGACGACCCUCCUCAGGAAAGGAAUAGCAACUGGUCCGGGAGAAGAAACAGCAAUGGGCAAAGACGGCUGUCGGGGAUCAAUGCAGAGGACCAGGUGGCUCAGCAGACAGAGGAGGUGUUUCGGAGCUAUGCCUUCUAUCGCUACCAGCAGGAGAGGGAGGAGAGCACAGAGGAGAUGCCCAUGGAUCCCGAGAUUGCCGAGAUCCAGCAGGAGCCAGGCAGUACCAGUAGCCUGGUGGGCCGACGCCUGGCCAUCAUUGGCGACGACAUCAACAUGCGGUACGACGCUGAGUUCCGCAACAUGCUCAAGUCCUUGCAGCCCACAAAGGACAACGCCUACGAGUACUUCAUAAGGAUUGCCUCCAGCUUAUUCGACAGCGGCAUUAACUGGGGCAGGGUGAUUGCACUGCUGGGGUUCGGCUACCGGAUGGCAAUCCAUGUCUACCAGCACGGGGUGACCGGCUUCCUCCGGAGCAUUGCUCGCUACGUAGCAGAUUUCGUGCUCCGCAACCGCAUCGCCCGGUGGAUUGCACAGCAGGGAGGAUGGGUGGCAGCAUUGGACCUAGACAACGUUUACCUGAAGUACAUGAUGAUCGUGCUGAUUGCGGUCCUGCUGGGACAGUUCGUGGUACGUCGCUUCUUUGGACAUUGACCGUCAUGGAGGCGGAGGCCGAGGGUCCGGCUGAACUCUCAACACUCCGCUCUGUAACGACAUCUCCCAAGAGAGGGGCUCGGGGAACCACAAAGGGAGAUCUGCUUGGACCUACGACCUCUCUUCAACAAAGCACCAGGUUUUCUACCAUCCAUGGAGAGACUCUCCCAGAAACUACUCGGAGGCAUUGCAGGGGGGACAGAGCAAAUGCCCUGCUCUUUCCUAUCUCAUCCAGCUGUUGAGUCCUGGAGCAAGGGCCUUCCCAGUGGGCAGCAACAAGGGAGGGGUUCCAGGCUCCUCAAGUACAAAGAAACCAGAGAAACCCCAUUAGAGGAAUGAACACCCUGUUACCAUAAUGCUAUUCUCCUUGUCUGCUCAAUGGGGUUCUCGCAUGCUUCUUGCAAAGGGCACAGAUCCCUGUGUUCUCCAGUAUCAGCCUGGACCCCACCUGCACUUGUACAACAGAAUUAUAAGUCACAGGAGGAGGCCAAGCCAUGCGGGUUUUGCUUGUAGCUGCCCCACAGCCAAGCUCAGAUACUCAGCCUUACCAGUUCCUUUUAAAAAGCACCCUGCCUGCCUUUUUAACCCAACAGAAGAUUACUGGCAUUCUAGGUGCACCCCAGAGAGUGAUGGGUAGACUCUUCCUGCCAGAACUCAACUCUGGAGAUGUGUGUUUUCCCCACUAGCAUCACAGACAUGGGGUGGCUUUUGCUGGUCAUGAGCCCUUACAGAUGCUUCAGCCUUAAUGUGCUGGCAGGUAUAUCAAAUGAAGAGCUGGUAUUGAAUAGUAUCAAAUCAGACUUCCUGAGAAAGGACAGACAG